AUGGCCCCUAACCAAAAGUACGCCAACUAUCCCGGUGCCCGCGAGGCGCCGGCCCAGAACAACUCGGGGACGCCAAAGGAGGAUCAGAACCCUGUCCUCCGCGGCUGGCCUCUUGUUGUGGGCUCGGCACUCGUUGCAAACUCCGGCGCCGUCCAACGCUUUUUCUGGCGCAACGCAAAGUUCGGCUCCAUCAGAGACUUGCCCGGCCUCGUCGACUACCGAUAUCGCUUCCAGCCCGACGUCCUCGUCCUCUCGGAAUCCGGAACUCACCCGGACCCUUUUCCCCUGACUCCGGAACUCACCACGCCGGCGCCCCAGGACCAGCCCUCCCGCUACCUCUCCAGCGCCGACUACCAUGCCCUCUACGCCUCCGGCGCCGCGACCCCGCUCGACGUUGUUCAGUCCCUCCUCCCUCUCGUCCGCCGCGCCGAGGGCCACCCCCCUCCAGAGACGGGCCCCUACGCCAAUGCCUGGGUCGCCUCCCACGGCCGCGAGGACCUCGCCAUCGACGCCGCCCGCGCCUCCACGGAGCGCUGGCGCCGCGGGGAACCCCUGGGCCCGCUCGACGGCGUGCCCAUUGGUGUCAAGGAUGACAUCGACGUCAAGGGCUACGUCAGCCACAACGGCAUGCAGUACCGUCCCGACCUGCCGUGGUUCAAGCCCGCCGAAGAGACGAUGUGGCCCGUUCGGCAGCUCGAGGCAGCUGGUGCCAUCGUGCUGGGAAAGAACGCCAUGCAUGAGCUGGGUGGCGACACCAAUGGCUGCAACCCUCGAUGGGGAACCCCGACCAACUGGCACAACAAGUCCUACUACCCGGGCGGCUCCUCCUCCGGCGGCGGCUCCGCCCUCGGCGCGGGCAUUGUCCCCAUCUCCAUCGGCACCGACGCCGGCGGCUCCAUCCGCAUUCCCGCCUCUUUCAACUCCGCCUACGGCCUUAAGCCCUCGCACCACCGCGCCUGCACCAUGAACACCUCCGUCUGCGUCGUUGGCCCCCUCGCCGCCACCGUCGCCGACCUUACCAUCGCCUACCGCGUCAUGUCGCGCCCGAACCCGGACGACCCCAUCCAGGGCCUCUACACGCCCUCGAUCCCGCCCUCCUUGUCGCACUCCCCCCCCCAAAAGAUCAUCGCCAUCGACGAAGCCUGGUGGUCCCACGCCGAGCCCUCCGUCAACGCCGUCUGCCGCCGCGCUGUCGACCACUUCACCUCCAGGGGCUACGCCACCAUCCCCAUCCGUAUCCCCUACCUCCGCGAGAUCCAGCUCAUGCACUCUGCCACCUGCAUCACCGAGAUGCAGGAUCUCGCCCGCCACCGCCACCCGGACCCGGAGCAGUGGCAGUCUCUCAUCAACCACGCCAACGCCAUCACCAUGUCCGUCGGCACCCAGACCCCCGCCGGCGACUACAUGAAGUACGCCCAGCUGCGCGAUCUGCUGAUGAAGCACCUGGCCUUCCUCUUUGAGCAGAACCCGGGCAUGCUUGUCGUCACCCCCACGACCCCGCUGCCGGGCUGGCCCCGCCAGCCCGGCGACGAUGCCUACGGCGUCUCGGACGCCAAUACGACCAUCGCCAACAUGAGCUACGUCUUUGUCGCCAAUGUCAGUGGCUGCCCCGCCGUCACGGCGCCCAUCGGCUACGUGGAUCCCGUCCAGGGUGAGGGCAGGGUGCCCGUCGGGUUGAUGGCCAUGGGCGAGUGGGGCUGCGAGGAGCAGCUCCUCGAAUGGGCCAAGGAGGCCGAGACGUACCUCAUCAAGGAGGGCCGCCAGAGGCCUGAGGGGUGGGUGGACGUCAUCGAGGUCACCAAGAACGGCGGUCUCGAGGCCAAGAAAAACAUUUGA